GCAGCAAAAUCAUUACCUUUAUUUUAGUCUUCAGUUUGUUGACUAUUCAUCAACUCUCAAAAAAAAUUUUAGCAAUACAUUUUUUCAAACUAUUCCAGCAAUAAAUGUACAAAUUAUUCAAGAAUCAAAAGUAUUGUUUGGCUGGAAGAUAACACCAGUGCAGACUAACAUUACGGUUGAACAAUUUUUUUUAAAACUAGCAGAAGAACAUGUGUCAAAUAAUUAUUUAGAUUUGAUUGAAAAGGUCGAAGCUCGAUGUGGAAAUUCAAAAACUACGGCUAAUCAAAAUGUUGAUCUUACAUGUAAUUUGUGGGAAGUUGCAUUAGAUUAUGGAAAACAUUUUGUUUUUCGAUUAAUUACGUCACAAGCAACUCCAUCAAGUUACCAAUAUACUAAUCCUUUUGAAAUUAUGUUUAACACUCAAAAUUCUAUUACACUUCCUAUGUGGAAACCUAGUGCAAAACCAAAUAAAAAAGAACAAUUGCGAAAUGAUAUAGUAGCAUGGAUUAAGAAAGAAAACGGUGGUUGGAUAGGGCCAGAUAUGGCUGAAACAAUUGGUAAACCAUUUAUACAGGAUUUAACCAAUGCGCUAUGGUACAUAGAUGGAUGUAGUAGUGAUACAUUUACACAACGAUACAACUUACCGAGAGUCUUUGAGAACUUCAUGGGAUACAACAAUCCACAACAUCACAAAUGUACCCGACCUAGAUUUAAUAUUGAAGAGCUUAACGAAUAUAGUGAAUGUCUUUUCAAAUAUACUACCCACUCGUGGAUGAUAAGAUCACCAUUUUCAACAUUUCUCAAAGAACCAAUCAUAAAGCUCAGUGAAAAUCUCUCUAAAUACGCCGAAUAUCUUGCCCACAAACGUAUAGUAACAUUACAAAACCGAGAACUUAAUCAACCUGUAAUUAAUGAAUACAAUAAUGGCGAACUAAAAAUAUUCAAAGCGAAUAACAAGUGUAAAUCAGAGAAUACUUUAAAAUACAGAAACCUUUCAUUAGCCUUACAAGAAAAACAAUACUGGCAACCAAUUUUGGCUGAUGAUUUUUGCUCUUCAAUGUCACGAGUACAAAAGCAUCGGUAUUUAACAAAUUUAGAAGUAGGAUUCACAUUUAAAAUUGGAAUCUAUACUUAUCAUCAUGGAAAUGUUUGCAAUGCAACGUAUAUUUGGCACAUAGAUGAGGAAGCAACGGAAGAAGAAAUGUCUAAUCAACACUAUAAAAUCAGAACAGAAAUAAAAAAUGAUUUUCCUACUUAUCAUACACGUCGUAUGCAUAGAGAGUACAUGGACAUAUGCGAACUUCAUUUGAACAAACAACCGAAGGCCAAAUUGCGACGCAUAUAUAAAGAAUUAACAAACGAUGCUUCAGCUGCUGAAACGACGAAUCAAAGAGAAGUUGAUGAGCAUGUUAAAUUGGCCUUUGAAUUAAAUGAUCCUAAAAUAAUCAGUGAUCUGAGAGAACUUAAUGAAGGCAGGCCAAGUAAAUAUGAUGAAUUUUGGGCUGCGGGCAAAAAAUUUUUAGAAGGUAUUGCACAAGAAGCAGUGGUUGCUGUUGAUGAAAGAAGACACGAUCUAAUUGUGCAUCUCGCACAAGCUAUCUCAGUUCGUGAUCUUCGCGAUAUGAUAGCUAAAGAAGUAAAAAAAACUCACCCACAAGCGCCAAUUCCAUCAACUCAAUGGCUUCGCUUACAAUUUUGGCCGACUACACCAACAAAUAAAAAUAGUUUACAAUAUACUGGCAUUUUGCCCAUUAAAUUUAUGAUCCAGACUCGUCAACUCCGGUGUGAACACGUUGAUUUGCAUUACGCAUCAGCGUUGUUUAGAUAUUUAAAAGAAAUGGCAAUCAUGUUUCGGGAUGAAGCCUAUCUUGUUUUUAUGGAUGACAAACACCGCUGUAAAAUUGGUGAGCCCGGUUGUCCGGUCGCAGCUGUAGAUCGUGGAAAGAGAGCUAAAAGAGUACCUGGACUUAAAGAAGGAGUAAUCAAAAGUUUACAGCCUACUAAAACUAUUAUGCAAGAUCUUUUUGAACGAUUGGAGCUCAAAGGAGAAAAAUUUUCUACAUUUGAAUCAACGACAGAGCAAGAGAUUGAACAUUUGUGGGAGUCUGUACUUGAAGUAGAUGAUUUAUUAGUGCCUGAAGACACGUCUAGAAAGUAUAUUGAAAAUAAGUCUCGCAUUCUUGAAUUCAUGAAUCAUUGUUGCCGGUCCAGAACCUAUUUUUUUGAAAUUAGAAAAUGUCAAGCAGCUGAAACUGGUUGUAUGAUUUGCAAACCACCACGAAGUAAACCUGAUAUAUUCGUGAAGUUACAACCCUUUCCAGAUCCUAUACCUAAAGCAAAUGAAGAUCAUUAUACACCAUUUUGUGAAAUAUAUGGUAAGGAUACUAGUGAAAAAUAUCGCCCAUCUUCACGUCAAAAAGUCAAUGUAUCUACAUCAUCAACUACUAUGAUGAUUAACGGCCUCGGUACAAAUGGCAUGGGUUUUAGCCCCCGGGCACAAUAUGCGGCAAAUGUGCGUGUUUUGGUCAAGUGUAUUGAAUGCAACAGACCACGAGUACUCUAUUCACAACAUCGUUUAAACCCAGAAGAAGAAAAUCUUCUCAAAAACUUUAUAGAAACAAUUGAUUAUACGUGUGGUAUAACGUUCUAUGGAAUUUCAGAUCUUACAAAAGCCAGUUCACCUGACGAUGAUACUAAUAGUAUAGAGGACAAUGUUAAUGAAUCGCCUGUGGAACAAGAUGUGAAUAAUGAUAAGUUGUCUUUAGAGAUAUUGUUUAAGCACGUAUUUGUAAAUGCCAAGCUUACCUGCUCGACACCUAUGGAAGUUUCAUACUUUUCUUCUCGUCUUUACCCAGAUGUUUGUUUUCAGUGCGGCAAUGCAGAAAUCCUUUUAUCAACUCCUGCUGGUCAACAGCCAUAUUCUCCUUUUACGAUACUAAGUGUAACUCGACUGGAUGUCAAAUCAACACAUAUUAUUCCAAUACCGUGA